CGGCUGGAUUUUCCUGGGUGACCGUGACGAAACCGGCGAAAUAAAAGAGCGCACCUGGACACGGUGCUUGGGUACGAGCGAAGACUAAACAGAGCCGCGCACAAAGAUACUGAGCUGCUCUCCACAAUAUAACCAUGAUCGCCAACAUCUCUAUUAUCUGCGUGUCUUCACUUCUACUUUUAAACUUGGUCGGUGCCAAACCAGUUUCCAGUUUACAGCAGAGUCUUAAGCAGUUGUUAGAUGAAGGAGUCAACACGCCGUUUGCGGAGUCUGAUGAGUCGACGAUGGAGCAGAAGGAUGCGAGAGAGGAGAAGAGCGCACUGGACGAGCGCGCGGAACUGUGGGAAUCAGACGCGCGCAACUCCGCGCUGGCGGGGAAAGACAGAGCUUUCGAGCGACUCCUGGGUGACUUACUGUCCACUUCCAAGCGCUCGUGGACUCGAUUCAAGAAAGGCGGACUGAGGAGCUGCUUUGGGGUCAGACUCGAAAGAAUCGGGUCUUUUAGCGGGCUCGGUUGUUAAGCAAAGGUAUUUUAGGAGAUGUUGAUGAGAUCUAAACAUUGGAAAUUGUUCAAACGCGUAUUAGAAAUAAACUAAGUCAUGUCUUAUUACUUCAUGUCAUGUCACUUCUUGCACGUUGGGACAUGAGAUAGCUACUUGACACACCUGGGCAUACCUUCUAUUGAGAAAAAGAAGUGUUGACUGCAAGUUUACCGUAGAUUUGUGUUCAAGUGAUACUGUACGUGUUGGUCAUUAUUUAUUAAAGAUUUAGACUUGUAAAUAGUUUGUAUUUGAAGACUGCUGAUUUGUACCGUUGUAUCUGUUUAUUUAUUUAUUCAUUUAUUUAUUUUUAUUGUUUAUGUUCUCUCUAAAUUCACUCGAAUAGAUAAUGUAUAUUGCUGCAAAAUAAAUAUUUUGCAUAUAUA